AUGGAUUACCAAAGCUUCUUUAUAAAGCUCCUUGUCGCUUGUUGUUUGGUGGUUGAAGCCACGCAAAAUGAGAAUGUCUCCGCAGAACUCAGGCCGAGUCCUCGUAUAGUCAACGGUCUAGUUGCUGCCUCAGGACAAUUCCCAUAUCAGGUAUCCGUGCGUGUCAAUAACCAACAUAUUUGUGGUGGCGCGUUGAUAACACAAAAAUUUGUGGUCACCGCAGCACAUUGUGUCUACAACAUUGAUGACGAUAUCCUAAGUGUACAAGCCGGCACUGUGAGUCGCACCGAUGGCGGCGAGCGCCGUGCAGUUUCCACUGUUAUCAUACACCCUCUGUAUGGUUUUGAUAAUGAUAUUGCUUUGUUGGAACUGAAAACACCAUACAACUACUCCGAUGUCAUAAAACCAGUAGCGAUUACAACUUGGGCCGUGCCUGCAGGAGAAUCGGUUAUUAUUUCCGGUUGGGGUCGCAUAUACGAAGGUGGUCUCCUCUCUAAUAAAUUAUUGUAUACUCGAGUGCUGACAACUCUCAAAGACGAAGAAUGCGCUAAAGCUGACGGCACGCUGAACCCUAGCAUACUGUGCCUGCUUAGUCCUCAAGGAAGAGGUUUUUGUGAUGGCGACGAUGGUGGACCGGCCGUUUAUAAAAACGUUCUUAUUGGUAUUGCCAGUUAUAUUACAAAAGGUUGCGGCUCUAUUUCAAAGGGAGGUUUUACUAAGUUGGCUUAUUAUAAAAACUGGAUAGACGCAAUAGUUACUGAUCUGGUGCCGAAUUGACUUUUAUAUGUUUAAUACAUGUACAUACAUACAGCAAAUACAACAUUAGGAAGCUUAUAUCUUUCUCCUAUGUCAAUUUAUGAAGUAAAAGGGCGCUUUGUCAUAUUUUUUAUUAUCUUUGCCUCCAGCCAAUAUUUGCUAAUCUCCACUGAGCUUACUGCAAUGUUAUCUAAUCAAAUCUUCAAACUCGGAAUAAAUAAAUUCCUCAAGAUA